AUGCAGACGAACAGUAUCGGCAAGAUCUUCUCUCCUCGAAAUAUCAAACGAUAUCUUGUUGGUGGCGGUUUGUUGUAUUGUGUGGCAAAUACAAUAGGGACGCAUAUUGGAGAAUUCGUCAUAUGUUCUGGACCUUCAAUGUAUCCAACGAUACACGAUGGUGACUUGGUGAUAGCUGAACGGCUUUCGGUCAGUCUCUUUAACGGUCAAACUUUGAAACGGGGAGACAUCGUUGGAUCUUUGAGCCCGUACGAUCAUACACAACUUUUAUGUAAGAGAAUGGUUGCCAAGGAACGUGACUUUCUAAACGAGCAAUUGUUACCGUCACGCCGAGUUCCAUUGGGCCAUGUUUGGCUGGAAGGUGACAACACUCAUGCAUCGACUGACUCACGGCAUUUCGGGCCAGUGCCUCAGGGAUUAGUACAAAUUCGACUAGUACUUCGUAUUUGGCCGUUGAAUCGAAUUGGUUGGUUGAGCACGCAUUGGUUUUGGGAUGAAACAAGUGACGCUGAAGCACAACCUAAACGGAUGCGA